AGAUAUGCAAAUCAGGUUUCCAUAUGGGAUCAAUCCAGAUUUCUACUUCACUAUGCUUCAUGAUCAAAAUAACAAAAACAGUCCAGAAUUCAUGCUCAUUCUAGUAUGAGGGCUAAAGACACUCAAGAUAUUAAGAAUAAAGCAAGCACCUGUUCUCUACCUCAUGAUCUACUUGGCUUUUUGUAUUAUUGGAGCAGGAUCUUGACAAGUUUUGUGGGCUCUGUUUUCUCUGCUGCCUCUUCUAGAAUUUCCUUAAUCUCUGAUUUGGCUUGGUUCUUCAUGGCUUUUAUAAUUUAUGGGGUGCUUUGCUCUCUGAUGGUUGGCAUUCUUUUCCAGUUCUCCUUAGUCUCUCUAGGGAGGUCUCUCUUAUGCUGCAUUCAAAUGAUCUUAGUUAUUGAAAGAAGAGAAAACUCAUUAUCGAAGUUAUUUUACAAGCAAAGAAAUUUCAGAGAAACAAAUAAGGUUACUUAUCUUUUCAUCUGUUUGGAUCUCUCAGUUUUCAUUAGUCUUCUCUAUUCAAGAUGGACAGGUUAUGGAAGGAACCUGUUCUUCAUUCUGGUAUUUUGGGGUUGUUCUCUGCCUCUUCUUCAUGGUGGUUUUUCUUUUAUAUACCUUCUUCAUCUAAAGUGUCAAAGUUUUUGGAAGACUUUUCUCUGCUGCGUAGCUGGAUAUUCAUCUUCUGCCUAUUCUCUACAAGGAGUCGGGUUCUUCAUCUUAGGUUUGGAUCUGGCCUUCAAUGAUUGUCCAUCUCUCAUUUGGUUUACAUGGCUUCUGUUUCUCUGCUGUUGUAUUGUCUUCAAUGGAGGGACAUCAGAAAAUUUACUGAAGUUUUUUGGAAGCCUGUUCUUCCAAGUUUUCAUGGUUCAGAGUUUCAUUGCAAUAGAAUUCUCGAUUUGCCCUUUCAAUUUCGUUAUCAAGUGUCUUAUCAGAUGCAUUAUCAGACUCAUAGCAGAUCACUUUCGCCUAUUAGCUGCCCCUUAUCAGUCUGUGUUUUGCAUUUAAUCAAAUUAUUUUACCUUAGCUUAUCACUAAUCAGGUUAUGAUUGGAUUCAGCUUAAAGUUCUCACCUGUUGCUACUCUAAGCUCACACUUUCAACUGCUACAGUUCUCAGUUUAUUCACUCAGCUUCAGAGAUUGCAAAGGCUCUUAAAUGUUUGAGUAGAUUCAGAUCAUCCUUUAGCUUGGUCUAUCUCCCAGCUUCAGUUCGCAGCUCACAUUUCCUGCUCUGUUAUGUUCGGCUGCUUCAUUAUUCCAGCAAGUAUUUUGAUACACCAGCUGACACAUUUAGGCUUUAGGU